UUCGGCCCAUUGGGUCCACACCGGCACACCGCACCACCAUGACCGACGGGCCCGCUAGCUCCGGCGACUCGCCGCCGCCCCCGCCGCCGCAGCAGCACACGGAGAGCGGCUCCAUCUCCUCCAUGGUCGCCACCUCUGCCGCCUCAGCUGCGGCUGCGGCCGCGGACCUCACCCGCCGGGGUGAGGCCCUCGGCGCCGACAUGGCCGCCGCCGCCAGGGCUGCCGUCGACACCGCCAUCGCCCACUCCCGGUCAUCCGCCGCCGCCGCGGCAGAAGCCGCCUCCUCGGCCAAGGCCGACGCCCUUGCCGCCUUCCCGGGCCUCACGCUCAUCGCAAAGGAGAAGUUGGAAUGGAUAAAGAACGAGUACAUGGCUCACGAGCAGAUGGUAUUCGGCAAGAUCAAAGAGAGUGUCAUCGUGGCGAUUGAGCAUCCAAGAAUUGCUGCAGGCUCCACUACAAUUGCGGGAAUUGUGCUGUUCAAAAGGCCAAGGAGCUACCUGAUCCAACGAGUCCGACGCAUAUUCGUAAGCAAGGAGACCCUUCUUUCUGGCAUCCAAGCUGAGGUGAAUCACAUGCGACAAACUGUCAAUCUUGUGUCCAAUGAAAGCCAAAAGUUGAUGGAUAGAGCAGCAACUGCUGAAAAAAGAUUUCAGAAAGGAUGGAAUACACUCAGGGAAGAAGGCCGUGCCAUUCAAAGUGAGCUGAACCAGAUAGGUGAUAUUGAAAACCAAGCAGUAGGUCUCAAGAGCAUUCUUGGUCAGCUUCCCAGAGCACAUGCAUCUGAAUUUCGAUCAGAGAUAUCUGGCCUAGCUUCUCAGGUGAAGAAGGAGAAGAGAGUACUUAGCACCACGCUCUCGAAGAUUGUGAACUAUGGUGUCCCUAUCUGACUGUUGCAGUUCCCGUGGUUUUUAUCAGCGAAGAGAUUCUGAAGACAUUGUUGAAUCGUUAACUUCAUACCACUUGUUUGCAGAGGGAAAAGAAAAUAUAGUAACAUGUUUAAUCAGCCAUUGAGAUGUAAAUGUGCCGCUGAUGCAGCAACAAGCCAGCAACAUUGACAUUUCGUAGUGUUUUGCACCAUAUGGCAUUCUC